UUUGAUGUGCCUGGCAACAAAUGUGUCGAUACUAUCGUUAACUUUUUCUCAGGUUUGAAGACUCCAUCGCGAACAGGGUUUGUUGAAUAUGGCGGAAGGUUCUUCAGCGAGUUGUGAUCUUGACGACGACAAUGAUGUCCCUCCACUGGAAGACAUGUCAGAACUGAUCAAUCAAGUCAACAAUUUACGAGAAAAUGUGACAGCUAAACCUUCGUGUGAUCAAUCGGUAACUGCAAACACACAGCCAAAGAAGAAGACAGUAUCUUCUGCUCAGGGUCUCAAGUCUGCUCAAAAUGAGAAGACAUUUGGUGGAUUCAAGAAAGGCUUUUUGAUGAAUUCAAAACCUAAAAAGGAAACCUCCAAUGCUUCAUUAAAACCUUUGAAAAAAGACACUGAUAUUCCGGUCAUCAAAGCCAGAAAUCCAGAGCAAAAGGGGAUGGAAAUUCCAGAAGUUCAAGAGGCAAUGAAAUCUAGUGGCAAACCAAGCUUGGAAGGCAAAGACUGGAUUACAGAGGAUCUUUUGAAAAAAGUUGAGCGCAAUCCUGCUCUGGCCAACAAGCUGACAGAUCCUAAGUUUAGAGAAAUUAUGGAACAAGUGGGCACAGAUCCUUUGAAAGCAUUGUCCAUGAUUGGAAAGGACCCAGAAAUGCAGAAAGUUAUGCAGCAGUUUAGUGGAUUGAUGGGAGAAUACUUCACUACUCUUGGAGAUUCCAUGGCUCAAGGGACAUCAGCCAAUGCUUCCAAGACACAAGGAAGUGAUAUUGGCCUGACAGAGAGAUCAAGUACAAGACAACAGACAGCUGUACCUCCCUCCCAAGAGGAUGAGGCUAAAAUGCGAGAUAUUUUAUCAGACCCAGAAGUGAUGAAAGUGCUUCAAGAUCAUCAAAUACAGAGAUUAUUAACCAUGAUGAAAACCAACCCAGAGGCAGCACAAUUAGAAGUUAACAGAGCCACUCCAGAAAUGAGGGUAAAGUUACAAAAACUGGUGGAAGUGGGGCUGUUAGGCUUUGCCCGGUGACCUAAAAUUCCUGGUGCUUAACUCAAGAUACAAGUCUCAAAAGAGCAAAAGAAAAUUAGAUCAUCAUGCUUAAAUAUUACCAUAUGGCUCAACCAUACUGGUGUACAAACACAACCUUGUGGAUAGUGUCAUAUUGAUGGUUACAAAGCACUUCAUCAAUUCUGCAAUUCAUCUUACCUUUACAAAUCCCCUCACUGCUCAGGUUGCCAAGGAAAACUGCUUUGACAAUAGCUUCUUUUUUUUUCCACUCUCAAUAGCAAAACAACAGAUGCCCUCUAGAGCACAUCAUAGGAGAAAGACUAUGAGAAAAGUUAUUUAGAAAGAAAAAGUCCUUUUCAAAAGCUAGUUGUAUCUUAACAAAUUGUUCUUCUGCAACACUCCUCUAUGGAGUCAAAAUCAAAACCCAUUGAUCAGGUUACAAGUUUAACAACAGUAAGCAUGGGAAGUAAGCGAAGUUUGCGUAAUGACUUUGAUACAGAGAGCAACUUAUAAAGACAGUAUGAAGUCUACUAUUUUUGACCAGGGGCUCAUAACAUUGUAGAGGUUAUGUUGCUCUGUUGUUACUGAAUGAGUUUGUGAGUUUAUUUGUUUUUUGUUUUAACUGAGAGUUUCACUCUCUCUAUUUAAAACACAAACUGGUUGAAGACAAAAAUAGAGAGGCAACAAACUGAAGCAUGUGUUCACAAUGUAACAACCUUCAAGUUGAUAAUAUAGUUUGGAUUGAAGCAUCAUGGAA